CCGUGUCAUCAUAACCCUAAGCAGCAUAGUCAAUGCCGGCAUGAUGCGUAUCACUCUCGAGAUUUUAUCUACGCUGUGGGCAUGAAAAUGGUUGUUCUAUUUCGAUGUAACCCAUCAGUCAGAAACAACCAAUAUCGCAAUCAACAGCCAUGAUCGUUGGUGGUUUGAGAUUUUUGUGUUGUGUUGGCUGAUAGUGCAAAUUAAGGGACAGGACAGAGGGCCACCACAAAGCACUAUUGCCAGCGGUGGGCGCAUGUUUCCGCGGUAGCCUUCCUUAUCUUUGUGCUACAUGCGACGCAGCAGCUCACUCGAAGGAAUGUUUCCGCAUCUCCGUGCACGGGGGCGCAGAGCACGACCGGGGAAUGCACAACUCAGCACCGAAACCCCGGCUGCAGGGAAUAUGCUAUGAGCGACGGCCCCGCAGGUUGAGAGCACAAAAAAAACAAGGAAUUCUAUAAGAAUAGGCACACGGGCCUAUUAUUACGCAUAUCGUGGUUGUACUACAAAGCAAAUAGCGCCGAUUGCUACAUCAUUACUACCCCAUGGCUACGCAAGCGCUAUUACCACAAUGCAGGGGCCGUGGGGGGAGCUGAGCCAAAUGCGAGCCAAAUGCGAGCCGAAAGCCACGCUGAUAUGCCUAUUCGCUUGCAAGGAUUUCCCGGUUUGUGAGAAAGGCACAGUUGCUGUGCCUGAUUGCUUGCUCGCCAAACGCCGAGAACGAAAUAAUACUGCUUCUUGGGCAUCGAGAUCGCCGUGGGUAGUCGUCAAGUUGUCAUCUUUUCUCUCUAUUUGCAUCCAAUGCAUGAUUGAGGGCUUUUUACUAGCCAGCCUACGACAUCUGUUGGCUUGUGAUGCUGCAGCAAUUCAGGCGAAUGCUGGAUUUGCAGCUCUCCAUUGCUCCACUAGAGCUACAGCCUUGCGAUUGUAGCCUGUUUUUCGCGUAUACGAGGCAAGUCUGCAUGAAAACGACAGCAGGGCAGUCUGUGUUGGAAAGAAAUGACAAAUAUGUGCAGUUGUUGAUCAUCCACUGCCUUCAAGCCGUCUCCGCCACCGCAAACUCAUGCACCUCAAGCCCAAAUGGUGAUUCGGAUCCGACACGAGACGGCCGAAGACGAUAAGAAUAAGCCACGAUCUAGAAGGGUUGAAAGAUUGAAAGAUUGAGAUUUUUUUUUAUAUAAUUAUUGGCCUCUAUCUAUAGCAAACUACAAACUACCAAUCCCCCGCAUGAACUGUCAAAAUCUCAAUGCCCGUGUGGAAAAUGCGACGAAGAGAUCGCUUCUAACCCACCUACCGAGGGCUGGUUCAGAAAGAUUCCUAGACGGGGAGCAAUGCUGUAUCCAACUACAUAUGCCUAGCAGUUGCAAUGGCGUCGCGAAGCAAAGACACGUGGUGGCGCAACAAUGGGAUUCUGAAAUGCCCUCUCACUUGCCGUUCAAGAAAUUCCCCGGGCUUGGAAGAGCUCGGGUCAUAUGUAGCCAUUGCGAUUGCAUGUAUGCGCUGGCAUGCUUGUGGGAGGGCAGGCAUUCAAAAUCCCACACUCCCGAGCGCAAGAGCUUGACGCAAGUAACUCGGACACAGCUCCGACGAUGCCUUCUUUUCUCUUCUCUUUGGCAUUACAGGGGCCAGCAUCGCAGCGAUGGAGUGAACAACCGACAGAGCAGUCUCCAUUCUGCUGCAGCAUGUUGGACACCCCCCUUGCAAUGCUGUCCUGAUAGCAUCAAAUGCUGCCCCUCCAUUCCAGCUCCGUGAUGGAGGCCGUUCUGACAGGGGGUGGCACCCCUCUCUAACUGCUUAACAGCGGACUAAUGUAAGGCCAAACCUCAUCUGGUCAUACCCCGGCCGCAAGUCUAGGUUCGCCUCACAUCGUCAGUCGGACAUGAAUAGUCUCAUGCUGCUCUCUGGCUGGCUAUAGGCAACGGGGCGGCACGUCAGGUAGUCCCACGCACCAGUUGCGGUAACAUCAAGUUGUCACAUUUUCGGGAUAUCCCAGGCGAAAACUUCGCUUAUUAGCCUCCUCUUUUAGUCAAGUCCCGCAGCUGGAUGCAUACGGAGGCCUAACAGGCUGGCGGUUAGAUGUCAAGCGCAAAUAUGCAGAGUGCGGCGAGUAGAGCCAACUCUGGCUGCAGAGCUUAUCAUUGCUCUGUCUUUGCUUUUCCGCGCGGCGAAAUGGGAUGCAAACUGCCCAAAGCUUGACUUAAAAUGCAGAGCUGGGUCUUGUGAGUGCUCUUCCUCCCUUAUUGGUACCUAUUCUUUUUUUUUUCUCCGCCUCCAUCUCUGUUGCCUUCUCCUAUUCACCACUGCAUAACAGUGAAUCAGAGCAGCAGUAUCAUACUAUAAAGCCGCAUCCCCCUGCCCACGGCUCAGCAUAUAAUCUCGCACAUACUCUGGAAUAAACACUUGAACUCAAGAGCAGACGGCAUCUGCAGCGAGAAAUCCGCCAUAUUAUUGUAUUGUUGCCCUUCGAUUAUCAAGUUUGACCCCAUUGAGCACGCGCACAAGUAUGUCUUUUCAACAUCAGACUCCCAGUCAUGGCGAUGUAAUAGACAUUGGCGGAAGCCGACUGCAUGAGGACGUCGGAGAGAGACUUUCCAGGGUCCUCACGGCCGUCUAUGGCCCUAGUGCGAAGCCGACUCUUCCAGAUGAGCUCCUGUAUACCGACGUUGGACUGCCCAUUUGGAAUGAAAUCAUCUUCACACCCGAGUUCUAUCAAACUCAUGAUGAGAUUGCGCUCUUUGAUGCUCACGGAAGCGACAUCAUCAAGCGACUUCAGCCUGGCGUGACCAUGAUUGAUCUUGGAGUCGGAGACACUCGCAAGGUAGAACAUUUGCUCUCAUCUUUUGAGGAGGCGCAGCUUGAAGCGACGUAUCUGGCUCUAGAUAUCUCCAAAACAUCGUUGGAGCACAGCGUGGGCUACCUUCUUGACAAACAUUCCGCAGCGGAUGCCAAGGUGACUUGUGCAGGGCUGUGGGGAACAUUCCAAGAUGGCAUGUCCUAUGUGAAAGGUAUUCAGGGCCAGAGACUCUUCCUCUCUCUGGGUUCUGUCCUUUGCAACGACCCUUGGGCGGAGGCCUUGAACCAUCUCAGGUACUGGGCCGAGGCUCUCCGGCCAGGAGAUCUCCUCCUAGUAGGCAUGGAUGCUCACCUACUGCCCAAGGAUGAGGAUAAAAUUUGGAAAGCCUAUCACUCUCGGGAUGACCUGUAUCGCCAAUUCUUCCUGAAUGGCUUCAAUCAGGUGAACAAGGCAAUUGGCGAAGAGUGGUUUCAAGAAGAAGAUUGGGAAUUCAUGGCGCAGCUCGAGGAGCAGCCAACGACUCGCCAUCGAUUCUUCUUUCGAGCUAAAAAGGAUGUCACCAUCCAUAAGCUUAACCGGACACUCAAAGAGGGUGAGGAGCUUGACUGGUUCGACUCUCAUAAGUAUGGAGAGGAGAGCGUACGACUCAUGUGCCAUAAGGCGGGACUGAGUGUGAUAAAUGUCAUGCAAGCACCCGGCUCUGAGUUUAGGCAAUAUCUACUCAAAGCGAAAGAGGAGCAGGAUCAGAGAGAGGAUGGAGAUAGUGCCAUAUCCGGGUUGGUAUAACCGAAUAAUAGCUCGCUGUUUUGUUCCCUUGCUUAGACUCUCAGGCGGCAGAUGGAAAAGUAAUGGGUAUUUGGGUUGAAUUGGAGACUGAAGUAGCUGCCAAUUUUUCAUAGACCAGAUGGGGGAAAAUGAUAGAGCGUGUCUUGGGCCUCAAGUUAGGCAUAGAAUCUCUUGUUCCUUCUCUUGCACGCGUUGAAUUAGGUGUUCCCACCAUGGAUAUCUGUUGGCGAUAUCGUCAUCAAGCGAUUCAAGAUCAACGACAAUGCUCGGCUCAUCAUCAAUCCACGUCCAUAUGCGUUGUAACGUUUCAUAUAGUGGAGGUACGCUGCUUCUUACUGGGGCGCUGGUGACGCUGUCAAACCACUUUUGGGCAACGCC